GCUGACCAGGCGGGAGUGUGUUGUCAGCAGCGGAGGGGAAAGGUAGUGCUGCGCUCUGCCUCUGAGUCCAUUCUGUGUGGACUAUCUUGGUGCUGUGAGCUGAGGCCACUCAACACCCGGCACCAUGUAUGACGUGUUCGGCUCUAUACGCGGUCUGCUCAAGAUCGACAGUGUGAGCAUCGACAACAACAUCUUCAGGUUACACUACAAGGGCACCAUGUUCCUGCUGGUGGCGUUCAGUCUACUCAUCACGCAGAAACAAUACUUCGGUGACCCCAUCGACUGCAUCGUGGAGGGCGUGAGCCCCACCAUCAUGGACACCUACUGCUGGAUCCACUCCACCUUCACGAUCCCCGCCCUCACAGGCGCUAAAGUGGGCGAUGUGGUCCCCCACCCGGGCAUCGCCAACCCCCACAUUCACGGCACCGACGAGAUGCACGAGAAAAGGCACCACAAGUACUACCAGUGGGUCACCCUCUUCCUCUACCUUCAGGCCGUCAUGUUCUACAUCCCCCGCUACCUGUGGAAGAUCUGGGAGGGCGGCAAGGUGAAGAUGCUGGUGAUGCAGCUCAACUCACCCAUCCUGGACGACGAAGUGAAGAGGGACCGCAAGACCAUGCUGGUUGACUACUUCAGCCUCAACCUCCACAACCAUAACUUCUACGCUUUUAGGUUCUUCCUCUGCGAGGUGCUCAACUUCGUUAACGUCAUCGGGCAGAUCUACUUCACGGACAGGUUCCUGGGCUACGAGUUCACUACGUACGGAACUCGCGUGUUGGCCUUCAGUGAGGCGGACUUCGGUACCCGGCACGACCCGAUGGACGAGGUGUUCCCCAAGGUGGCCAAGUGCACCUUCCACAAGUACGGAGCAUCAGGCACCAUCGAGAGGCACGAUGGACUCUGCGUCUUGCCUCUUAACAUCUUCAAUGAAAAGAUCUACAUCUUCCUCUGGUUCUGGUUCAUCAUUGUGGCUGUGGUGUCUGGCGUGGGUCUGCUGUACCGCCUCGCCACCUUCACGCCAGCCUUCCGCCAGAUUCUGCUCAGGACCCGCUCGCGGCUCGCCUCCUCCGACAACGUGGAGGCCAUUUCCCGCAAGUGCCAGAUCGGUGACUGGUUCGUGCUCUACCAGCUAGCCAAGAACAUGGAUCCUUUGAUUUACAAGGACUUCAUCACCGAUCUCGCCAACAAGCUGCAAGGGAAGGGCCCCGUCUAAGCCACCCUCACCUCGCUCAGUGCCACGAAGAAAACAAACUUGCGAUAAACCUAACGAAAACACGAAACAGUGACUAGACCAUGACAUUAAGUGGACUGGUACUCACUCUUAGGAUGCUAUGGAAAGUGGUUCUUUAAUUAUUAUUAUCAUGGGAUGGUGGUUGCUAGUUGCUGUUGUAAUUUAUAUGGAAUCAUUUUUGUUCCUACAUUAGGACUUUGUACAACUAAUGCUCGUUAUAAUCUUGUUCUGUGUAAGUCCUUGGUAACGAAACAAGCAAACAGGUAAGCAGUGAGGUGCUAGGUGAAUGGAGGGGCCAGUAGAGGGGGGAGGGACGCCAUGGGGGGUUCAUAGGGGGAUCAUUCACGUCUCAUUUUGCAACAGGGAAACUGUUUUCUCAAGGUCAACAGCAAUGUUAUUGUGUAUGCGUAGUUGGUCUGUCUCUGUGAACACACCUAAAUCUGGUCUUCUCCAUUCAUUGACAGGCUUCGUAGGGCAGCUUUGAGAGACGUGAGGGUUAAGAAUGAUGGUGUGCUAGUUUCUGCUGGGAGACACUAGUAUAUAGCUAAGUAUGUUCGUAUGCUCAAAGGACUUCGAUCUCUCCCUCUCUCUGUUUUCAAGGACCCUUUUUAUUUAUUUCUUUUUUUUCUUUUUAGGUGUGUUCACAUGAUCCAUAACAAUAGUCUUCCAGCAUGUGCGUAGUAAUUGAUGCAUUUUCAUUAGUUUAGCCAUUGUAUAAAUCCUGCAAGUACGGCUGAGAGGAGUUUGUUCCUGAUACACUCUGUCUGAAGGAGGUUUGUGUCGGUGCAGACCUUCUUGAGCACCACUGCCAGGGUCUUUCAAGAGGCUUUGUUAAGUCAUCCAUUUUUUGUAUUACUGUGAACAGGACUGAUGAUUGUCUUCCGUUGUGACGGAGGUAUUUUUCUACUUAUUUUGAUAAGGUGCAACUAUUAGGUAUUGUGUUAGGUGAUGAGUACACUGGAGAAAGGUCUCAUACACUGGAAGAAUUUUUACUCAAAACAGGAUGUAUGUAAAUUAUAUUUUUAGAUUGUUACUGUACGUCUUUGAUUAUGUAAUGCGUGCGUGUUUAUCAGAUAAGGCAGAUAGAAUGAUGAGCAUCAGGGCGUGUGACACAACGCAAAGGAAGGUGCUGUAGCUGUGAAAAUGUGUAUGAAUGAUCAUUAAAUGUAUAUUGUAUAA